UAAACGGUAGUCAAACACAGAGCAGCCGGCCAGUGAUUAAUCAUCAAAAUCAUCAGGUAAAGCUUUCGAUUUCGUUCAUCUUAUUCUAGAAUUGGAACCCAAAAUCAGUCCCCUGUUUGCUUCAAUUAUCACCAACACAUUUCAAACCUUUGAGAUUUGAUUCCAAUACCCAAUUUUCUGGAAACCGUAUGAGUUCAAACUUGUUUGGAAAUCGAAUGAGAGGUUUAUGUGUUGUAAUUUAGUUGAGGUUUGAUUGAAACUAGAAAUCAGCAUAUCUGCUUGCUUGUUUGCUUACAGAGCUUUCAGUUCUAUAUGUAACUUGGUGUCGUAAGAUUUCUUACCCAUAAACUUGCAACCUCAAGCAUGAUUACAUCAUGAAUCGAUGCUCUGUCGUGGCCAACUCCUCUAUGCAUUCACAACAAGGUCUGGUUCCAAAGCCCUGAUCUUUCUUUAUUUCUGCGUUGCUGCUUGCCAAACAUAGGUUGCUAGUCCUCCACUGAGACCAUUGAUUGCUCUUAGGUCUCACUCCCCUGCAGCAGAUCCCACAUUUGAUUCGCUCUAUUGUAACAAAGAUGGAGCAAGUCUUCACUUACACGGCCUGCCGACAAUUGUCUCAGAUGUUUGCGGCCAUGAUCUUUUUUCAUGUUUCAGAAUACAUUUUAGCAGCCAGCAUUCACGGGAAAGAAAAUGUUACUCUUAAAUCUCUUCUGAUCAGCACGAACUACCUGGUCGCAAUGAUCUUUUCCUUGCUGGAGUACGUCAUUGAAAUCGUUUUGUUCCCUGGUGUGAAGGAGUUUUGGUGGGUCAGCAACUCAGGCCUUGCAAUGGUUGUAAUAGGGGAAAUCAUCCGGAAGAUGGCAAUAAUCACAGCUGGUCGGUCAUUCACUCAUCUGAUAAGGACUCGUCCCUCAGAGCAUCAUGUAUUGGUUACGAAUGGAAUUUAUAGAGUUGUUCGUCAUCCUAGUUACUGUGGUUUCUUCAUCUGGUCAGUGGGCACUCAGAUAAUGCUUUGUAAUCCCAUCUCAACAAUGGCAUUUGCACUGGUAGUUUGGCGCUUCUUUGAACAAAGAAUUCCGUAUGAAGAGUUCUACUUGAGGCAGUUCUUUGGCUCACAGUAUGAGGAAUAUGGUAGGCGUGUUCCUUCCGGGGUGCCUUUUGUGAAGUGAAGAUCUCAGGACUUCUGUGAGCACAGUUGCAAUGCUCUUGCCCAGGCAUCUAAGCUUCAAGAACAAGAGUAGUGCUUAAGACUCAUUUAUCCUACUGCAGCUUAGUUGUUGCUUGCCAAUCACUUGACUGGUUAAAGGUGCUGGUGACAGUUAAGGCGAGUCUGUUAUUGUAACUUAAUUACAGUUGCCGAAACUGAAAGGUUAAUGAGAAGAUCAACAUACCAAUUUGUUCACAAGGAUCUUCCGGAAGAACAAAUCUUUAUCUGUAUUUUUUUUUUCACAACGUACACAAACUGUUUUGGUUUACCUUGAAUACAUUGAAUUCAGAGGA